CCUGAUGAGAGCACGGACAGUCUGAGUUUGGCAGCGCGCGACGGCAGCACGAGAAGUUUUACGCACGAGCCCCGAUCAGUGUCAGCACUCACAGAGGAGACCUGUUCUCAUGGUGGGAGCUUCACCUGCCCGUAGACGAAGGAGAGCGCUGGGCAGUGCAAACUGACUGAAUGUCACCUCCACUCACCAUGGAUUACGGAAAGACCGUGGCCCCUCCGGUGCCCCCGCACAAACCCGCACCCGCACGGCCGGGACAGGCGCACGAGCGGCUGCUGAAGUGCGUCCUGCUCGGCGAUGGAGCGGUGGGUAAAACCAGCCUGGUGGUCAGCUACACAACCAACGGAUACCCGACCAAAUACGUCCCCACAGCAUUUGAUGACUUCUCAGCUGUGGUUCAGGUGGAUGGAAACCCAGUCAGACUACAGUUGUGUGACACUGCAGGACAGGAUGAAUUCGACAAACUUCGCCACUUUUGCUACAGUCGGACCGACACCUUGCUUCUCUGCUUCAGCGUGGUCAGCCCCGCCUCCUUCCAAAACGUCUGGGAGAAAUGGGUGCCCGAAAUCCGACGCCGCUGCCCUCUCACACCUAUCAUCCUUGUAGGCACACAGUGUGACCUCCGGCAGGAUGUCAAAGUUCUGAUUGAAUUGGCGAGGCGGCGGGAGAGACCAGUGCUGGAGGAAGAUGCCCGAGCACUGGCAGACAAAAUGGGAGCAGUGACGUAUGUGGAAUGUUCUGCUCUGACCCAGAAGAAUCUGAAGGAUGUGUUUGAUGCAGCCAUCGCCGUGGGGCUACGGCACUCCGACAGGAGGGCACGACGGGAGAGGAAGGUCCGCAGCACGGCUGAUAAGAUGAAGAUGCUCUCCAAAUCCUGGUGGAAGAAGUACGUGUGCGUCCAGUAGGGAGGCGUUGGACAGACCGUAUGUGACUGAGGAUAAAACUGGAACUGCUGACUGUUCAGAGUGCAUCGGUUGGAUGUUAGGACUUCUGUUUUUCACGUGGACGGCCCAGAUGUACUGGCCAGAUUGACUUUAAUUCAAUGGAGUAACAAUUUGAGAAGGUGGUGUGUGCCUGCCUGAGCUGCAGAUGGGUUAUGGGAUUGGGAUGGCCACAGUGGGACAUAAACAGAUCCCUACCUUAUUUUGUUGAUGCCUAAAAGAUGGAGAGCUUAAGGCUGUAACCACCAUCUGCUCCUUACUGCAGCAGACUGCGCCAGUCUGAACUGUGAAAAUGACUGUGACCAGCAUUCAACCAAGAGCUAAUAAAGUUUUAUGGCACAUGGACUGCAUAUCAUGGUGAACUUAUCCAAAGGAAAUGUGAGCCAACUUGGAGGGGAGGUGGCCAGAUGGUGAUAUUAUGUACUAAAAGUAUAUUUCUCCUUCUUUUAUCUGAUUUGAAAGCAUAUUAUUUUUAUGUGCCCCCGCUACUUGUGAUGAAUCGUUUUCAUUUCACUGAAAUCAGAUCACAGAUUGCUCAGUUUAAACCCCCACACAGAGAUUUAAUAGUUAUACCAUUGAAAAUUAAAGCCAGUGCUGCACUUUUGUUUCCAAAGCGUCUACAAUUUCAAUGCCAAGUAUUAGAUGUUUAACAUUUAGAUUUAUAUUAACUCAUUUUGUGUUGAAUCACAAUCAGAUGUAAAUGAGUAUAAAUUUGGAGGAGGGUGCAUGGUUUGAACAGUGUAUGUUUUACUAUGAAGUGCCACACUGGUUUAGCUGAAACAUUAUGGCCAUUCACUUUGAACUGUAAGACUGUGUAGGGAUUUCUCUACUGCAUGUGCCUCAUUUUUUAGUGUUGUUAAAGCUGUCACACCAUUUCUCAACCAUACAGUAAUUGGUUUUUAAGCUGCUCACCAAUACAUAUCUACCAGCAGAAAAUAUAGACACGUGUUGAUUAUCCAUCUUAUAGUAAAAAUUACAUAUAUAAUUUUGGACUACUUGAGAGAUUUCUGUUCACUUCUGUACUUUUUUCAGGGCUUUAUGUUACUGUUACAAGGCCACAGCAAUAAGUUGGGUGGUGCCAGUGUACACUGCACUUAUCACAUUAAGUCCAAACACAUCACUAUAGUCAUGCCAUGCAUAUUACCUUUGGACCAGUGGUGUGAAAAAGUAAGAAGUCUAGUAAUGAUGCCACAAGUGUGUGCCCUUUGAAAUAAAAAAAGGUGUUGAGCAGGUUUAUGCAUCAGUGAAACAGAAGUGGCUGAUGUGUUUGUUCCCUGCACUGCACCUCUGCUUUGGAUGAUCACAGGGUCUUUCUUUGUCAUCGUAGUCAGGGCCUUAAACAGAUAAUUAUCCGUCUUUUGUUGGUCAGUGCGUUGGAGCUCUCUCCUCUUCUGAAAUUACACAGUAAAUGAGGUGAAAUCACCAAAGACUGAUUCUAUGUUUGCUUCUUAUUUUUCAGAAGCCUCUCAUUCAGCUCUGUCUAUUUAUCUGUUCCUUCUGGGCCAAAAACUGAUCAACAGCGAUACAGAGCAGAAGUAUGAAAUAUCGUAUGUUGUUAUGUAUGUUACAUAGUAAUCAUUUAUGGUGUUUGUGAUGUCAUUGUGACUCAGUCACUGACUGUGCUCUAAUUGGUACUUAACAGUAUGAGUGUUUCAGUUGGUGUCUGAAUCAGGCUUGAAAGCAGUUUGUUGAGCUGUGUGAACGGAACAAAAUAAAAUGUGAAAUAUUUAACCUC